AUGCGACUCAUCAAUGUUAGAACACUCGAACUCCAGUGGUUCAACGACGAUGCUAUUCCCAAGUACGCCAUCCUUUCCCAUACCUGGGGCUCGGAUGAGGUCAACUACCAAGAAUUCGUUUGGAUUAGUAAAGCUCGAGCAAUUUCCGCUUCUCCUAACCUAGCAUCUACUCAAGAUGCGCAUAACACACUCAUGCUAGCUCUGGAGUUGAUGAUUCGAGGCAGCUCAGGACCCGGAGGCUUAUCAGAAGAGGAUCUCCUGAAGCGGGUCGGCUACAGCAAGAUAUUGAACGCAGCUGAGCAAGCACAGGGCUUGGGCUGUAACUAUCUCUGGGUGGAUACGUGCUGCAUUGACAAGACAUCAAGUGCAGAGCUCCAAGAAGCCAUCAACUCCAUGUAUCGAUGGUACAGAGACGCCGAAGUUUGCAUCGUCUAUCUGGGUGACAUCCCCAAACCACGCUCAGGUAAUUAUACGACUGCCUCCGAGAUCGCAAGAGCAUCUCUCAAAGGUUGCCGAUGGGCACGUCGUGGUUGGACUUUACAGGAGCUGAUAGCACCAAUUGUAUGUCGCUUCUACUUCCAGGAUUGGACCUUGAUGGGCGAAAAAGUUGAAUUUUUGGAAGAGUUAUCCGACGCCACAGGUAUUCCAGUUCGUGUGCUUGAUGACAGAAAUUUACUUAGCGAAGUCUCAAUCGCGGAGAGAAUGUCAUGGGCGGCACAUCGGCAAAGCACACGUAUAGAGGAUGUAGCAUAUUGUUUGUUGGGCAUCUUCGACAUUCAUAUGCCAUUGCUUUAUGGAGAGGGUAGUAAGGCUUUCAUUCGCUUACAAGAAGAGAUACUAAGGACUACUGACGACUACUCUUUAUUUGCCUGGUGCGCAACGACAUCCGAGCAUUCAACGUACCGAGGAUUACUUGCGCGCCAUCCUGAGGAAUUCCAGCACUGCCGUUCUGUAGAGCACGAGAAUGUCGUCUCUACAUUCCCCAUUGGGUUCACGCCAAUCGGGUUACGUGUGCAGUUCGAAUUUUUACCUGAUCAAGACAAGAGCCGUGUGCUAGCCAUGAUUCGCUCAAGCAACCAGCUGAACCAGCGCCUAGCUAUCACACUAAAGUGCUUAGAUGGAGGGAUGCAAUACGCACGCGUCGAUGCUGGUGCUCUAGUUCCCAUCGAUGACUGGCCUACUGGAAAACUUCAUACCAUCUACGUACGACAGAAACCUUCUAUACCACCUGACUUCACGACCACUGAGUUCAAGAGCUUCCAUAUUCGUCGUCGAGUUUCUAACCAGGCCACACCUAAUGUUCGUAUAAUCAGCGUUACACCUCGAAAUGCCUGGGAUGAAACCACCCACGAGCUACGUAUACCAGAUCAUGUCACAGAAUUCUGGGGCGCUGUAAUGCUGCGCGUCCAAUCAGCAGCAUAUGCGCACUCCUUGAGCUUUCCAGUAGCAUUUGGCUUCAACCGAUCGACGUGUCACUACUGGUGUAAAGCGAUUCCCAACUUUACCCCACCACAGGAUGGUCAGACCAGUGGUACCUGGCCCCAAGCCGUGAAGAGAAGAAUACCAGACGAGGUGUACGACCCACUAAGAGGGACUGAUUUUGGGACGAACAAGGACGGCAUCUUUACAACCGGAGCAACGCACAUGGCACACAUCCACAACGCCAUACUGCGAGGGUACAACACUAUAUAUCUGCAAGCUCCUCAUGUUCGAGAAGUAGAUAAAACAGCGUUCGUCGGGUACGCACAAACAUGGUAUCGCUUCAUCAAGAGCCACCACGACGAUGAGGAAGCGGAGUUGUUCCCCAAGGUAGAAGACAUGUUAAGAUCCAAAGAUAUCUGGAAAGAGACACAUGAAGAACACGAAUCUUUUCUUAGCGGCCUAGCAAGCUACAACACCUACCUGAAUUCCCUCUCUUCCCCGCAGUAUUUCAACGGAAAAGAGCUUGUAAGCAUUAUGGACUCGUUUCAAACCGCCUUCAUGCAUCACUUCCACCACGAGAUCAGCACAAUAGCUGCUUUCGCAGACCACCCCUCCGCUCCAGCACCAAACACCCCAGAAGCAGAACUCGCCGCGACUGUUUUCAAAGCAUGGGGUAAGAAGACUGUUACUAAAGCAGGAACUUUUGAUGUCGUACCAUUCUUCCUAAUGAACCUGGAUGCUACAUUUGAGGACGGCAGAUGGGCAAACUGGCCUCCGAUGCCGGCGCCGGUGAGAUGGGGGCUGGUCAAUGUAGCCGGUAGUGUCCACUGGACGUGGUGGAAAUUCUCUAGUUGUGAUGGUGGAGGAAGGCCAAAGGAGUUGUAUGCGUUAGAGCGGGAAGAUGAGGAGUGA